AUGGGCUGGGUCACUGUAGCUUGCGCGCCUCCCGAAUCCAUUCGGUUCCGCUUACAACGCUCGCAAAGCGGCUGUAGCAUCCUACUCGGACACUCUUCGACUCUAAUUGCAGCUGCUUGGCCUGAAAGUCAAAACCUUAGGUAUCGUCCAUCGGUGUCGGCGGACAAUAUCAAUUUUGGACCAGAGAGUAUUUACCGCGUCUUAGAGGAUUCUGUAAAGGCACGAACAACUAUUCACCUUGCAAAGACAAUGGGGCUGGCUCAGUUCGCCCGGGAAGUUAUAGAUGAAAUUAUCACUGGAAAGAGUGACUCGAUUUGGAAAGGUUCUAAUGCCUUCAUGGUUUGGUUUUUGAACGCUGUGGGACCAAGGAAUGUAUUAGAUAGUACCUUGUUGAAGGGGGCUGGAUUAGACAAGGAAGAGGCCAGGCCGAGUAUUUUCAAGCUUGGCCAAGUAAAAGGCCAAGAACGCGUGAGGAAAGGUUAA